AUGGCAUGGUACUCUAUCCUUCCGCAGGAGCUCACUCACCUGGAGAGCUGGGCCGCUCGCGUUUUCUUCGUCCUCGGUCUAAUCACCAUCGGCCCCUGGGCGUUCCUCAUCCUCCUCGAUGCAGCUAUAUGGCUAUAUCGCAUGAUUCUCUGGGAUUUCCCCUGGAUUGGUGGACGCGCACGGGGCCAACAACGUCCGCGCGCACCGAGCUUGAAUGAACGGCCGGAUGGACAACGGAGGGCGUUCGGGUUGCGCGGAGUGGAGACCGAUACUGGUGAGAGUGAUGGUGGUCAGAGCAGUGGGUCGAGUUCGAAGAGACAGAACGAUCGCGACGAGUCUCGAAGGGAGAAUGUGAACCCUGUUGUCAGACUCAAUCCACUUGCAAUCGGAGAUGGGGCCCUGAAACAUAGGGGCACGGGUCUGCAUUGA